UGGUGAGAUGAAAUAAGUUUUGCGUUUGAUCAUACAAUCAUAAUAAUUACAAUCAUGAUAGUACAUGUAAAGUUCGGAGACGAAUGUUUAGUUAUCCCUUGCGAAGAUGGCAAAAAGUCUGUAAAAUGGUUGAUUACGGAAGCUGUGAAAAGAUUUCGUACUUUACAAAGAACAACAAAUAUUCCAAAUCAGCCGUGUUUAUAUUUGCCUAACAGAGGGGGUUUGUUAUGGCCAAGUGAUCCUAUUGAAAGCGUAUUGAAAGAUAAUGGAUUUGCUGAAAUGAAACAAUCAAAUGAAGAAAGAGAUGAGGAAACACCAGGAAGUAAAGUUCAACGCGGUGUUCACACACCAUCAACGGUAUUGUUGGAUGGAAGUAGUUUAACAACAGAAUUACUUGCCAAACUUGGAACUGCGUGUUGCAAAAUACAGAUAUCAGACGACGCCAGGCGACGCGUCAAAGAAGGAAGAGAUCUUGUUGAAAGCAUUGUCAGUGAAGGCAGAGUUGUUUAUGGAAUUAACACUGGAUUUGGAAGCUUUAAACAAAAAGUUAUACCAGCUGAUAAACUUGGAGAACUUCAAGAAAAUUUAAUAAGAUCUCAUGCCGCAGGGGUUGGGAACUCACUUACUCUAGAACAAAUCAGAAUGGUUAUGGCUCUUCGUAUUAAUGUCUUAGCAAAAGGUCAUAGUGGCAUUUCCCUGGAGAACCUGGACAAGAUCGUGGAAGCUUUAAACGCUUCGUGUCUACCUUGGAUUCCUGAGCAGGGAACCUUAGGAGCAAGUGGUGACCUUGCCCCGUUAGCUCACCUUGCGCUUGGCCUCAUGGGAGAAGGGAAAAUGUGGAGUCGUAAGAGUGGUUGGACUGAUGCGAAACUGGUAUUGGAUUCUCAUGGAUUAAAGCCAAUAAAAUUAGGACCUAAAGAGGGUAUAGCAAUGAUUAAUGGUACACAGUUAAUAACUGCCGUUGGAAAUGAAGCGUUGGUUCGCGCUAUUGCAAUCUCACGCCAAGCUGAUAUUAUCGCUGCCUUAUCACUGGACUGCUUGAAAGGAACUUCACGAGCGUUUGACAGUCGAAUACACAAUCUACGACCUCAUAAAGGACAGAUCACUGUCGCUCAGAGGUUGAGAUCUGUGCUACAUUCUGACUUCUAUCCUUCUAAAAUUGCUGAAAGUCAUCGUUUUUGUGACAAAGUCCAAGAUGCGUAUACUUUGCGAUGUUGUCCGCAGGUCCACGGUAUUGUUUUGGAUACGAUAGAAUUUGUCAAGGGGAUCCUAACAACUGAGAUGAACAGUGCUACAGACAAUCCCAUGAUUUUUGCUGAAUCAGGUGAAUCAAUAUCAGGCGGUAAUUUUCAUGGCGAGUACCCAGCCAAGGCCUUAGAUUAUCUGGCUAUUGGUAUCCAUGAAUUAGCCAACAUGAGCGAACGUCGUAUUGAAAGACUCGUAAACCCAGCUUACAGCGGUUUGAAGUAUCCAUUUCUUGUCGAAGAUGGUGGGCUUAAUUCAGGUUAUAUGGUUGCACACUACACUGCUGCUGCUCUCGUAUCAGAAAACAAAGUUCUAUGUCAUCCAUCGUCCGUCGAUUCACUUCCUACGUCAGCAGGAACCGAAGAUCACGUGUCCAUGGGUGGAUUUUCAGCGCGAAAAGCAGUUAAGGUCGUGGAGAAUGUUGAGAGAGUUCUCGCCAUCGAACUAUUGGCAGCCUGUCAGGCGAUGGAAUUUUUACGACCUCUGACAUCGACAGAACCGUUAGAAGCUGUUCAUGCUUUGGUUCGAUCUCAUGUCAGACCUUGGGAUAGAGACAGAGUAAUGGCGCCUGAAAUUGAUAAAGUUACAGAACUUUUAAGAUCCGAAAAGGUAUGGGAGGUGGUUUCUCCAUUCAUCGACAGCUACAUGGCAGCGUCUUCAGUAACAGAUCUGGAAAUUCGUCCUCCCUCGCCAACUGCUUGUAAUAUCGCCAGCCAAGUUGGUGACUGUUCCGGAACACACGCUGGGGAAUAAUUUUUUUUGCCGAUCGAACUCGUGUUUGAGUCGUGAAGAGAAAAUGAAAUAAUGAAUUUUUAACCUAUUUAUGACAAAUGUUUUCCACCUCAAAAUAAUUAUAGGAAAUGUUCUUAAACGCUUUGGUGUAGCGCGCAGUCUCGCAGAUCAACCAGCAGUUACUGCAGCGAGUUGUAUUCAUUUUGUACAAAAGUGAGUUUUUUAAAGAUGUAGUUUGAAGCACUG